AUGUCGUUGAAUCUGGAUAUGAACAACGCUACGAUGAUGAAGGACGAGCAGGGUCGCCCUUUCAUCGUCGUCAGAGACCAGGGGAGGAAGAGGCGCCAGUAUGGCAACGAGGCCGUCAAAUCUCAUAUUCUCGCCGCACGAACUGUAGCCAACAUCGUCAAAUCCUCUCUUGGACCCCGUGGUCUCGAUAAGAUUCUCAUUUCACCUGAUGGCGACAUUACGAUCACGAACGACGGCGCUACGAUCAUGCAACAAAUGGAGAUUAGCAACCAUGUCGCCAAGCUGCUGGUUGAGCUCUCCAAGUCUCAGGACGAUGAAAUCGGUGAUGGCACUACCGGUGUAGUUGUGUUGGCCGGUGCUCUGCUGGAGCAGGCUGCCGAUCUCAUCGACAAGGGCAUCCACCCUAUCCGAAUCGCGGAUGGCUACGACCAGGCCUGCGACAUUGCGAUUGCCGAGCUUGACAACAUCUCCGAUAAGAUUGAGUUCACAAAAGAUGAGACCGCCAACCUGGUCAAGGUUGCUCGCACCAGUCUGGGUAGCAAGAUUGUAUCCAUGGCUCACGAUCAAUUCGCCAACAUUGCCGUCGACGCUGUUCUCUCGGUCGCUGACCUGGAGCGCAAGGACGUCGACUUCGAGCUAAUCAAGGUGGAUGGCAAGGUCGGUGGCGCUCUCGAAGACUCCCUUCUCGUCAAGGGUGUCAUCAUCGACAAGGACUUUUCUCAUCCCCAGAUGCCCUCCGAAGUCAAGGAUGCCAAGAUUGCUAUCCUUACCUGCGCUUUCGAGCCUCCUAAGCCCAAGACCAAGCACCACCUCGACAUUACCAGCGUCGAGGAAUUCAAGAAGCUCCAGAACUACGAGAAAGAGAAGUUUAUCGAGAUGAUCCAGCAAAUAAAAGAUACGGGCGCCAACCUCGCCAUCUGCCAGUGGGGCUUCGACGACGAGGCCAACCACCUGCUUCUACAGAACAAGCUUCCCGCUGUCCGCUGGGUCGGCGGCCCCGAGAUGGAGCUCAUCGCUAUUGCCACAAACGGACGCAUCGUUCCUCGAUUCGAGGACCUCAAGGCUGAGAAGCUUGGCCAUGCCGGUAUUGUUCGGGAGAUUACUUUUGGCACGACACGAGAGAAGAUGCUGGUCAUCGAGGAAUGCGCCAACACAAGAGCUGUCACGGUCUUCGUGCGCGGAAGCAACAAGAUGCUCAUCGACGAGGCCAAGCGAUCGCUGCACGACGCUCUUUGCGUUGUUCGCAACUUGGUCAAAGAUAAUCGCGUUGUCUAUGGUGGCGGUGCUGCUGAAAUCGCAUGCUCUCUCGCCGUUGAGGACGCCGCCGGCAAGACGGCUGGUCUGGAGCAGUACGCCAUGCGCGCAUUCUCCGAGGCCCUCGAUGCCGUCCCCAUGGCCCUGGCUGAGAACAGCGGUCUCAACCCCAUCUCGACACUGGCAGAAAUUAAGAGCCAGCAGGUAAAGGCUGGUUCCGGAACCCGCGGCCGGCUUGGCGUGGACUGCAUGGGCCGUGGAAGCAACGACAUGAAGGAGGCUUUCGUUAUUGAUCCUUUGAUCGGCAAGAAGCAGCAGCUCCAGCUGGCUACGCAACUGUGCCGCAUGGUGCUCAAGGUUAAUAAUGUUAUCAUUGCCGGGUCGGAAGACAACGAAUGGUAA